GUCAGUAGCAGUGCCACAACAGCAGCAGUGCCACGUCAGUAGUAUCGCGGCAGCCGUGACACCUCAGCAGUGCCCCGCCACCAUGACGGUUUCAGGUUUGGGCAUGCUAGGCCAACUGGCCAACGAGUCCAUUGCCGAGUACCGACAGCGGUUCCAAGCUCAGCUCGCACUGAUCGAGGCUCACGAACAGCGCCAGGCGGCAGCCGAGGCUGCCCGUCUACAGGCUGAAGCGGGGGCAGCAGCUGAAAAGCAGCGGCUUCAGGCCGCAGCUGACGCAGAUACCCAGGCCCGCCGCAAGGAGGCCCAGGAUCUGCUGCAGCGGCACGAAGCCACCAACUUCGACAGGCUCAAGUUCUGGCAUUUUGAACCAUCCGAGGGCCACGAUGACGCGACACCGGAUGAGCAGCACAAGGAGUUCCUCUCCGAACUCGUGACCCGGUUGGUUUACACUUGUAACCACCUACAGUCCGAGUUAGAGAAACAGCACUGGGAACACGAGGAUGCUACACGGGCACUUCAUACCCGUGUACAAGACUUGGAGCAAGCAGCACCAAGACCAGACGCUGGCGAACCCAACAAUGCAGCCUCUACCCGCCAGUUGGAGCAACAAGUAGAUCAUAUACUCACAAUGCUCGGCGACAUCAGCACCUUCGCCGCACUGACCUCCAUCAGUGAGCAGCUGGACACCUUGAAGAACGAGAUUCAGCAACUACACCAGCCGCCCGACAACGAUGGCAGCACCAAUGCGUCGCGGCAGUACAAGAUGUCGACGUUCCGGAUCGAAAAGUUUGAUGACUAUACACAUCAAGACCCGGUCCCCUGGUGGCAGGGCUUUACAACGAAACUUCGGAUUCACGAGGUCCCCGAAUACUUGUUCAUCUUGACGUUGGUCCUCAACGCCAAGGGUGGAUGCCAGAUCUGGCUCAGUAAGAUCUCCUGGGAAGAUCUGACGAGAGAAUGGAAGAAGCGGUUCAUCGUCUACGACGCCUCGACGCUCGCCAUCAACCGCCUCUUCACCAUGACCCAAGGCAACACACCGACACGCGAUUGGCUCACAGAAUGGCAAAAGAUUGUGGCAACGCCCGAUCUCGAGUUGCCAUUUUCGCAUGUGCGCCGAGAGUUCUACAACCGGUCGUGUGCCGCCUUGAGCCUCGCACUCGGUGAUCGCGAGCAGUACACGACCUUUGCUGAAAUUAUCGACAAGGCGCGAGAGAUCAUCAAGACCAACCGGGCUGCUGCACACGAGAAGUCAUUGUGGCAGCCAGCCUAUGUGGAGAAGGGAAAAUUUGGUCCUUGUCUGCAGCAUGUCGUUGCAGUCCAACCGGACAACAUUGCGGACCAGAUGGAUUGGGUUGACCGCCUCCCCGACAUCGAGUUCGCCUACAACACUCUGUUGCAUCUGGCGAUCGGCGUGACUCCCUUCGAGUUGCAUCACGGUGGUCGGAAAGGCCAUAUCUUCGCUGAUCUUCUCCUCCCACGAACAGCCGACAUAGACUCUGCUUGCUCCCCCGCUUCCAUCUCGAAGUACAGGGAAUUGCUGGCUCAAGCACGUGCAAACAUGCAAAAGACUCGAGUCCGCAUUCAUCAGCAAGCCAACAGGCGUCGCGUGCCAUGUCCCAUCUGCACCGGUGAUCUGGUUUGGGUCUCCGCGGAAGAGUUUGCACUCGAGCAGGAUGUUUCGCGCAAACUACUCCCCAAGUGGUUUGGACCAUGGCCCGUAACAUCAGCCGCGGGUGAUGAGCCCGAUGGCCCCUCAUUUGUGAUCAACAUCCCCCCGCAUCUGACGGUCCAUCCAGUCUUUCAUGCCUCGAAGCUGGCGACAUAUACACCAGCUAAGAGCGACGACUUCUCGGGCUGACGAUGGCAAGACCCUCCGUCUAUGGAUGGUCAUCAGGAAGUUGACCGCGUCAUCACGGAUCGCAAGUACGGCAGCAAGCCUCG